AUUGUGGGUUAUUUCCUGUUCUCAGCUGUCCGAAGUUCGCGUUCUAGGGUUAGGUAGUUAGCCGUGUUUAGCUGUGUAAACAGUGCACUUUUUGGUGUGAUAUUUUAAAGGAUGGCGUCGCAGCCUCCUCCAAAACCUUGGGAAAGACGGAUACCAGGCGCAAUUCCAGGACCAGCCAACUAUCAGUCGACGGAGUUGGGACCUUCCAGACUGUCGAGGCCGGGUCCUCCGGUUAUGACUCGCGUGGCACCGCCAAUCCCGCCGCGGCCCGUCCAGCCGUCGGGCAUGUCCGCGUACCGGCCCGCGUACGGCUCCCUUUCCUCGACGUACAGCCCCUACGGCGGCUCGCCCUACGGCGGCUACAGCCCGUACGGCUACGGAAUCGGCGGCGGCGGGCUGGGCUACAACCACUUCCGGGCGGAGGACACGGCCCCGAGCCGCUUCGUGCAGCAGGCGGAGGAGAGCAGCCGCGGCGCCUUCCAGUCGAUCGAGAGCAUCGUGCACGCCUUCUCCUCCGUCAGCAUGAUGAUGGACGCCACCUUCUCCGCCGUGUACAACAGCUUCCGCGCCGUGCUGGACGUGGCCAACCACUUCUCGCGCCUCCGGGUGCACUUCACCAAGGUCUUCUCCGCCUUCGCCCUGGUGCGCUCGCUGCGCUACCUCUACCGCCGGCUGCAAAGGAUGCUGGGACUGCGCCGCACGUCGGAGGCGGAGGACCUGUGGGCGGACAGCGCCGGGACGGCGGUGGUGGAGGCCGGGGCGGGGGGGCCAGGGGCGUCCGACCCGGCGGCGAAUUCGGUCAAGUCCUGGCCCAUCUUCCUGUUCUUCGCCGUCAUCCUCGGCGGGCCGUACCUCAUCUGGAAGCUGCUGAGCUCUGCUGAGGGGGUGGAGGAAAUCACCACCAACUGGGCCAAUGGGGACGAUGACCACGUGGUCGCCAGGGCUGAGUUUGACUUCACCGCGGCCGCCGACGAGGAGAUCUCGGUGCGAGCGGGAGACAUGCUCAACCUGGCACCCAAGGAGCAACAGCCGCGGGUGCGGGGUUGGCUGCUGGCCAGCCUGGAUGGGCAGGCCACGGGCCUCGUCCCCGCCAACUACGUGAAGGUCCUGGGGAAGAGGCGGGGGAGGCGGCAGGCGGAGCUGGAGGUCGCCGUGCAGGAACCGCAGCCGUCGCCGCGGCAACAGGGACCGCCCCCUUCGCACGGGCUGGCUCCGCCCACGGGCCCCGCAGCCGCCCAGCUCGGCCUUGCGGAACAGGAGGAGGUGCUGGACUCCGUGUUCAGGGAGGUGCCGGAGGAGAGCCAUGGCCUACUGUUCCCCGGUGUCCAGGCUGUCGCCGCCUCUUCCUCAUCCUCCGGUCUGGCCGAGAAGAUCGACCUGUGAGACUUCAUCGCUGCUCCAUUCGCAGGGGAGAGAGACUCUCGUUCAGUGGCCCUUCCCACGCCUGCUCAGAAGAAUGUUUCCUUUUCCAGUCUGUGUUGGGGAGGGGAGGGGAGGGGGGGGGGGGCGGGGGUACAGUAGUCCAGUUGCAAGCAGUGGGGAAACUGGUCAUACUCUAACCAUCUGUGAAGACAUGCAAAAAGUUGACACGGGUCUACACAAACCAGAUAAUGUUGGUUGGGUUUCAGCUAGAUUGACAGUUGCUCUGCUUACCCUUUGAUUAACGCAAGCAGGCUCUCACCGCUUGCAGACGAUGCCGCCAUUGGCUGUGUGGUGGGGAAUGCAAACGGUCUGAGCACUGCGGCAGACUGACUUACUGCACUGACACCUCAUGUGGGUAGAAUGUACAUUUAUUUGACAACGGUCUUUAGUUCUUGUUUAAUUUGUGUCUCUUAACAAAAAAAAAAAAAAAACAACUAUGUUAAAGUGUCUGAAUACGUCGGUUGUGCGAAAGGUUUCAUGACUCGGAACGUAAUGAAGAAGAGAAACUUCCGCAGUCCUUGAGAAUGCAUUUUUCCUGACAUGUCUUUGGAAAGUGGUGAAAUGUCACACCGUCCUUAAAAAGCCAAGGCAGAGAAUCGGAAUGACGAGUGCACAGGGAGUAAGUGCUACUGUGGACAAAUAUUGUGUAUGUUAGAUUCAAGAAGAAAUAAAGACGGUGUUAUAUGUGUGAACCGAUGAGACAUUUAUCUUGUAAACUUAAGUCACGUUCACUCAAAGCCAUAAUUCUGCUUUAUGGGGCACUACAUGACUGUUUUCUGGGGAAAAAAAAUAGCAGUAGUUUACAAUUACUAGAUCAUUUGAAUUUAAAAUGACCAGUUUGAUGGAAGCUUAAAUAAGUGUUUGAAAGAGAAGGUCAGGGAGAGUUGUUUGACAAAUCAAAAGCGCAAAAUCGACCUUUAAAAGCUUGCUUCAUAGCAGUUUUGAUACGGCCAACCAAGCACGUUCCCUGAGUUUCAUUUUCUUCCACAGCCAAUAAAGGUGCCUUUAAAGGCUUUCAUUACAACAGCGUUGUAAGGUUUGUUAUCCUUCCAACCAAUGGGAACGAUUUUUAUUGAAUUCUUAGGAUGUCACAUUUGUAACGGCAGGUGUGUCGUCAGGUCCUCCUUCCUGAACUUAAUGUGAUACGAGCUGUGAGGUACUUUAUUUAAAAUGGCUUCAUGUUGAGACGGUUGUACCUCAACGCUGCAUUAAUUUCAGCUUCUCAAUGUGAACAAGUGUGUAUGUUCUGAAAGGUUUUGGACCUGUCGGGAGAUGAGCUCGGUGAAGUGACAAAGGCAAGUUAAAGUCACACCAUCUACAUGAAAAGAAAUGCUGAUUUAAUUGCUUUGACUUAAUAUAUUUUUUUAAUUCUUUGUCACUUUUUUUGCUGUGAGGUCUUUUAAAACUGGGAAUUGGUUAAACUGAAGUGUAAAAUUCAGUAAUGUAUCAAAACUGUCACGGACCUUAAGUGUCACAUUUGUCUAUCCAAAGUGGUUUGAUUUUCGGAAGAUUAAUUCAAACCAUGAUUAGUAAUGUAAAAUAGAAAAAUGGUACUCAAUUAUUUUGGCAAUAAAAAUGUUCUAAAAGUUGA